AAUUGCCUAUCCUCUUUGUGGCGGCCAUAUUUACAGAAACAAGUAAACGAAGACAUGGCUCAAAGAACAUGUAUCCAAGCCAAAAUUAUUAAUAAAAAAAAAGUCUUGUCGUGUCAAGAGAUUGUUUUGAAAGCAAAGUAUUCUUUCGAAUAAUUAUCAUUUAUUUCAAUGGAUUACCUAAAACAAUAGGGUUUUCUUGUUAGAGUGAAAUAUUGUGAAUCUCAAAAUGCCACCAACGGUACAAACAAAUGAACCCGAUCGGGAAAAACGCCCGCAACGCACAGGCGAAAGAAGAUCGGAGCUAGUGACACGCGUUAAAUUCUGUAAUACGCUGCCAGACAUUCCUUUUGAUUUAAAGUUUAUUACAUAUCCGUUUCCCUCUACGAGAUUUAUUCAAUAUAAUCCAACCUCUUUGGAGAAGAAUUACCGCUAUGAAGUACUUACUGAACAUGAUUUAGGGGUGCACAUAGACCUGAUAAACCGGGAUAUAUACCAAGGUGAUGGUAAUGCUCAGUUGGACCCGGCUGAUGAAAAGUUACUUGAAGAUGACGUGCUUACUCCACAAGAUUCGAAAAGGUCCCGACAUCAUGCUAAAAAUGUAUCGUGGUUGCGUCGUUCGGAGUAUAUUUCUACUGAACAGACGAGGUUCCAGCCUCAGUCUAUGGAAAAGGUUGAAGCUAAAGUCGGUUACAAUGUCAAAAAGAUAUUCAGUGAGGAAACAUUGUAUAUGGAUCGUGAGAGUCAAAUUAAAGCCAUAGAGAAAACAUUUGAAGAUAAUAUAAAACCAAUUGAAAAACAUUACAGUAAACCUGGUGUGACACCGGUUGAAGUCAUGAAUGUGUUCCCCGAUUUUGAGAUGUGGAAAUAUCCAUGUGCUCAGGUCAUUUUUGACUCAGAUCCUGCACCAGCUGAUAAGAGUAUUGCGGGACAAAUUGAAGCUAUGUCCCAGGCUAUGAUUCGAGGUGUGAUGGAUGAGAGUGGUGAACAAUUUGUAGCCUACUGCUUGCCCACUGAAGAGACAAUACAGAAGCGUCGCCGCGACAUUGCAGCUGGUGUACCGUACAUGGAUGAAGACACAUAUGAAUACAAAAUGGCAAGAGAGUACAACUGGAAUGUUAAAAGUAAGGCUUCAAAGGGUUAUGAAGAGACUUAUUUCCUGGUGGUGCGCAACGGUGUGGUGUACUACAAUGAGCUCGAGACUCGCGUACGCCUAUCGAAGCGGCGCGCACGCGCGGUCGCCGCGGCGCAGACGCUCACGCGGCUGGUCGUCACGCACCGGCCGCUUAGUGCGCAGGAACAUCGCAUGUUGAGAUUUAGAGAGAAGCAGCUAGAGCCAGUACAGGAAGAAGACGAAGAAGAGGAGGAGGAGGAUGAUGAAGAAGAUAAACAAGAACAGAAUGGAGAAAAAGAGAGGUCACGAUCGCGAUCUAAAUCAGCUUCAAAAUCGCCACAAUCAAACCGAUCUAGAUCAGCUACUCGCGAGCAAUCCAGGUCCAAAUCCAGGAGCCGCUCGCGAUCACGGUCCCAAUCUAGGAAGAGCCGGUCUCGCUCUAGGUCUGCACAAUCCGGAUCGGCGAGGUCUGGAUCAGGUCGUUCUCGGUCCCGAUCCCGAUCCCAAUCGGGUUCGCGCGCGUCAUCUCGGGCUAGCUCCAAAAGCGCGAAAGCGUCCCGUGCUAGCUCCGCUAGUCGUGGUUCUAGAUCUAGAGCUAGUUCCAAAGGAAGUGACAAGGGUUCCAAAGCAAGUUCACGAGCGAGUUCCAGGGCAAGUUCUCGAGCGAGCAAGAGGUCUUCUCGUGCUUCUUCACGAGCGUCUUCGAAAGCCUCCGGGUCAAAGGCGUCUUCCCGGGCUAGUUCCAGACGGAACUCCGCGUCUGGUAGUGGCUCGGAACGUUCGAGGAGUCGAUCUCCGAGUGGCUCUAGAAAGGGUUCCCGCAGUGGUUCUGCGUCUAGUGCUUCUUCAAGGCGCAGUGGUUCAGAUUAGUUUUAAUUGCACUAUAUAUUAAUUAGUACGAUGUAAAGUGACUAGGUAAUGUUUUAAUAAAAGAAAUACAUUUGA